AUGAAAAGAAUUUCAUCCGGCCUCUACCUAUAAGAGAGAGAGAGAGAGAGAGAGAGAGAGAGAGAGAGACUGAAAUUUCAAGGAAGCUAUAAACAAAUUUAGCUGAGCGCCUGAGUCAAUCGCGCCUUGUCGGCUCAAGAACUCGCCAGUCCCGAAGAGUUUUGAAGUUUUGCAACAAUGAGUGACAAUUUGAUGGAGAAAGUCAGUGCUUUUGGUGAACGUCUGAAGAUUGGAGGGGCUGAGGUUGGCAGGAAGAUGAGUGCAGGCAUGACCUCAAUGAGCUUCAAGGUUAAGGAGCUUUUCCAAGGCCCAAACGCAUGUGAUAAGCUUGUUGAGGAUGCCACUUCUGAGUUCCUAGAGGAGCCUGACUGGGCCAUGAAUUUGGAGAUCUGUGAUAUGAUCAAUCAUGAGAAAGUUAAUAGUGUUGAAUUAAUCCGUGGAAUAAAGAAGAGAAUCAUGAUGAAGCAUCCUAGGGUUCAGUUUUUGGCAAUGAUGCUGCUUGAAACAUGUGUCAAGAAUUGUGAGAAGGCCUUCUCGGAGGUGGCUGCUCAAAGGGUUCUAGAUGAAAUGGUGAAGCUCAUUGAUGAUCCUCAGAGUGUUGUUAAUAAUCGGAACAAAGCUCUGAUGCUGAUUGAGUCAUGGGGGGAGUCAACCAAUGAACUUCGUUAUUUGCCUGUCUAUGAGGAAACAUACAAGAGCUUGAAAUCAAGGGGUAUCCGCUUUCCUGGUCGUGACAAUGAGAGUUUGGUGCCAAUUUUCACCCCUCCACGUUCGGCUUCAGCACCUGAAAUGGAUGGUAAUCUUGCACAGAGGAUACAGCAGCAUGAUGUUUCAGUCCCAAUAUUUACAGCUGAACAAAUAAAGGAAGCAUUUGAUGUGGCGAGGAACAGCAUUGAGCUUCUUUCAACAGUUUUAUCCUCCUCACCCCAGCAAGAUGCUUUACAGGAUGAUUUGACAACUACCCUCGUACAACAGUGUCAUCAGUCCCAAACCACCGUCCAGAGAAUUAUUGAAACUGUUGGAGAUAAUGAGGCCUUGCUUUUUGAAGCUUUGAAUGUUAAUGACGAGCUUCAGAAAAUCCUCUCCAAGUACGACGAGAUGAAGAAGCCAUCGGCUGGUCCUACUGAACCAGAGCCAGCCAUGAUUCCUGUUGCUGUUGAACCUGAUGAUUCGCCUCGUCAUGCAAGAGACGAUGCUCUUAUUCGGAAGCCAGCAGGUUCUCGAGGUGGGGCCCAUGGGGGAAGCAAUGAUGACAUGAUGGAUGAUCUUGAUGAAAUGAUUUUCGGUAAGAAAGGUGGAGGUACAUCUGGAGGAGGGCAGGAUUCAAAAAAGCAACAAUCAUCUAAAGAUGAUCUCAUUAGCUUUUGAGCUGCGCAGGUGAUGAAUCCAUGAUAUCUAUGAUGGUUGGUUCCUUAUUGGUGCUAAUACUGUGUCAUUCAUUUAGGUUAUGAAAAUUUUUUAGUUCUUGACCAUGAAUAUUAUAUCCAUCAUAAACAGGAAUGUGGGUGGGUUUUCCAUUUGCCAUACUCUUUUCUCUGCAUAUUUUAUUUUAUGUAAGUAAUCAAUCUUGGGUUGUCUGCA